AUGUUUGAGGCAAGAUUAGUUCAAAGCGCAAUUCUGAAAAAAGUUUUGGACGCUGUAAAGGAUCUUUUAUCAGAAGCAACCUUCGAAUGUUCCGACUCAGGAAUCCAAGUCCAAGCCAUGGACAACGCUCACGUUUCCUUGGUCUCAUUAAAUUUAAGAAGCGAUGGAUUUGAUAAAUACCGAUGUGAUAGAAAUCUCUCAAUGGGAAUGAGUAUUCCGACUAUGGCCAAAGUUCUGAAAGGAGCAGGAACUGAAGAUACUGUGACUCUACGAGCGGCUGAUAAUCCUGACACAAUUACAUUUAUUUUUGAGCCAUCCGGCAAAGAAAAGUUAGCCGAAUAUGAGGUCAAACUCAUCAACAUGGACCAAGAACAUCUUGGAAUUCCGGAAACUUUUUACUCUUGUGUCGUCAAAAUGCCGUCAGCUGAAUUCGCUAAAAUUGUCCGUGAUUUGUCACAGUUUGGUGAAACCGUAGCCAUUGCUUGCUCCAAAGAAGGAAUCAAGUUUUCCGCAGCUGGAGACUACGGAAGCGCAAACGUCAAGUUGGCACAAACAGCCGAUGACUCAAACGAAGAGGAGGCAGUAGUUAUCGAAAUGCAAGAAACAGUUAAACAAUCAUUCGCUUGUCGUUAUUUGAAUAGUUUCGUCAAGGCAACGCCUUUGUGUAGCCAAGUAGUUUUGUCCUUGUCAGCAGAUGUUCCUCUUGUUGUUGAAUACAAAAUAGGAGACAUUGGACAUAUCAGAUAUUACUUGGCGCCAAAAAUCGACGAGGAAGAAGAGAACUCAUAAAUUCUACUGAUUGUAUUAGUAUUUUCUUUUUAAAGAAAUUCAUCAUUUCCUUAUCAUUGAGAUUAUCAAGUAUUAAAAUUUUUUUUCUCAAUGAAUGUAUAAAUAAGAUUAAUUUUUUGAUUUACUUAAGUCGAUGUAAAUGA